AUGUAUUCGGGUGGCCAUUCCUGUUGUUUGGCGAAUUGCAGCAGUAUUGUCUUUGGAAAAAAACAAAUUGAAACGAGCUUUCAUAGAUUUCCAAAGGAUCAAGCAAGAUGUGCUGUCUGGAUUGAAAAGUGUAAACCAAUUAAUUUACCAACUAUUGACCCUGAUAUUCUGAAUAGGAAUCACAGAUUGUGUUCACUUCAUUUUGAAAAUGAAAUGUACGUAAAUGUUGAAAAAACCAGAUUAUUUAAUACAGCAAUACCAACAUUAUUUAAAAAUGAUUGUGUCGUUACAGAAGAAACAUCAGAUCAUUUUGAUGUUCCAUCUGAAUUUUUGGAUGAUAACAUCCAAACUGAAAAUGUCAUAAUUGACAACCCGGGGUGCGUUCGAAUAUGA